AUGCAAAUGUCAAGGGAAUUCUCACUGAUUGUUCUUGGGGCCACAGGCUACACAGGCAAACUGGUUUGUGAGUAUCUCGCACGUCUGGGUUCGAGCAAAGUGGAACCUUGGGCGAUUGCGGGUCGCAAUAAGGAGAAACUUGAUCAACUGAAGCAGGAACUUGGCGUGAAUCUCUCUGUACUUGUUACAGACAUCACCAGUCCCAGUUCACUUGAUAAGCUCUGUGCCAGCACCAGUGUGCUCAUUUCAUGCGCCGGUCCCUUCACAUACUUUGGGAUGCCCGUUGUGGAGGCUUGCGUCCGCUGCCAGACGCAUUACGUGGACUCGACGGGUGAGUAUAAUUUUGUCCGUCAGGUUAUUGAGAAAUUUCACGAGGAGGCAAAGAAGCAGGGCGUUGCUCUGGUGUCCUGCUGCGGGUUUGGCAGCGUCCCUGGAGAUUUGGGCAACUACUUUGUGCGUCAAGGGCUCGGUUCAGAAGUGGCGGAAGUAAAGGCGUUUUACCAGAUGGCGCGUGACGGGAUGUCGGGUGGCACGGCACGCUCUGUUAUGGCGGCGCAUGAGUCGUGUGGUUUGGAAGACAAGGAUCCUUACAGCCUGCUCCCGAAAGACGCUCCACGGCCCCCUACAGCUCCUGCGCGGAGAGGUGUGUGGUACGACUUCUCGGAGAGGAGGCUGACGGGGCCGUCUUCGAUGUCUGCCACCAACGAACGCAUUGUGCGUCGCACGAACGCUUUGCUUGGCUACGGUGGCACGUACGUGGAGGCGAUUGAGGGGACUUUGGGAGCUGUUGUUGGCGCAACCAUCACGAAGUACAUGAUGACGGCGGUCCUUGCCGUUCCUUUUCUCCGUCGCUACGUCGCCGAAAAUUGGCUGCCUCCGGCUGGAACCGGUCCCACACAAUCGCAGAGAGAGGGGUUGUGGUACAAGUGCAUUUUUGUUGCCACCGACAAGUCUGGAAAGGUCCUGCGGAGGGUCUUUCUCUCGGACACAAGAGACGUGUACACGGCAAGCGGCAUUUACGUCGCCGAAUGUGCUCUCAGUGCGCUGCAGAUGGCCAAGGAAGGCACGCUGGGCUUCGGUGUAUUGACACCUAUGGCUGCCUUUGGCGACGUUUUGCUCCAGCGUGUUCGAAGCGCCGGCGUAGUCGUGGAAGUAGUGGAGGAGGCAACAACGGGUACAGCGACACCCGCGCAGUGA